GAUACUGACACACACACACAAACACACACACACACAGCACUUACAGAGGACAGACAGACGGACGAAGCAAAGAGGUACCUGUUAGAGAAGGACAACAAAGAAAGAAGUUAAGUUUAAAGUUUGAAGCUGAGAGCAAAAAGAAGAGAAGAAGAGCAGGAACCAGGAGGGAGAAAGAGGUGCUGUGUGCUGUGUUUAAGCGAAACCACCAACGAAAUCCCAAACCAGUCUAACCAUUAAACCAUUUUUAACCACAACCUCCAGCCAAAGCACAUACCUCAGAGUCAGGAAAUAGUUUUCAUUACAUUUUGUUGAUCAGCUGGAUUUUUAGAAAGUGAAACAAAGUCCCUGUCUGUCACAAAGUCAUCUCAGUACACCUUCCUUACUGUGGGAAACCAUUUACCAAAGUAAACUUAACAUAAAACCAACAAAACACAACCUCAAACGUCAAACGAUGGCCCCCAAGAAGAAGGCCGUCCGUCAGAAGAAGCCCGGUGUGGAAACCAUCCCUCAGGUCGCCAUGGAGACUGCCUCAACCCAACUGAAGGUGGAGAGUCUUGGUGACGGUGUGGUGGUGGUGGAGGGCGGGGUGAAGAAGAUCGAGCAGAUGGCGGCGCUGGACAUCGCUCAGCUGAACAGCCUGAACCUGCCCCUGCCACCACCAGUCAUCAAGCCCGGAGAGAGAGGCCUCGGCCUGGGCAGCGAGCUGACACGACCCAUGCACGGCAACGCCCUGCUGGAGGAGCUCAGCAAGAUGCGACAGGAGAAGUUUCUGACUGAUCUGGAGUUGGCCUGUAAGACGAAAGCCUUCGACGUCCAUAAGCUGGUCAUCUCCUCCAUCAGUCAGUACUUCAGAGAGAUUCUGGCCAAAGACCCGGGCAUUAAGCGUCUGGAGCUGCCCUCCCUCUCACCUCUAGGCCUGGCUAACGUCAUCACUUUCGCCUACCUGGGACGUGUCCAUAUGUCCCUCUACACCAUCGGUUGCACUGCCUCUGCUGCCGCCACCCUGCAGAUCCCUCAGCUCCUUAAGAUGUGCAUGGACUUCCUUUUGGCGGAACUCAACGUGCAGACCUGUGUCUACAUCUGGAACAUCGCCGCCGCCUACGGCCUGAUGCCAGUCUGUGAUGCCGCCCGCCGCUUUGUCCUGGAGAACUUUGUUCAGUUUGCCGAUACACCGCUGUUCACCCAGCUGACCCUGGAGCAGAUCUCCGCCUUCCUGCAGGACGACUCGCUGUUGUUGCCUUCAGAGGUCACUGCCUUCCAGCUGGCCAUGAAGUGGCUCGACUUCGACUCCUCUCGGCAGGCUCACGCUGCAGAGCUCCUGUCUCACAUCCGCUUUGAGACGAUCCCGGCCAGCGAGCUGGUGAGUCAGAUCCAGCCGGUGCCCCGCAUGAUGAUGGACCCUCACUGUCACCGCCUGCUGGUGGACGCCAUGAACUACCACCUGCUGCCCUACCAGCAGAACACCCUGCAGUCCCGACGCACACAGGUCCGCGCUGGUCAGCAGACUCUGCUCACCAUUGGUGGUCGACCAUCACUCACUGAGAGAGCUCUGAGCCGUGAGGUGCUAUGGAGGGACCCUCGUGAAGGAGGAGCUACCUGGCGUCACCUCACCCAGCUGCCAGCGAAGAGCUUCAACCAAUGUGUGGCUGUGAUGGACGGCUUCCUGUACGUGGCCGGAGGAGAGGACCAGAAUGAUGCCCGCAACCAGGCCAAGCAUGCCGUCAGCACCCUCAGCAGAUAUGACCCUCGCUUCAACACCUGGCUCCACCUGGCUAGCAUGCGUCAGCGCCGCACCCACUUCUCUCUGGCAGCCAGCGGUGGCCGCCUGUUUGCCAUCGGCGGCCGCAACGUGGAGGGCCUGCUGGCCACCACUGAAAGCUACCUGCCCUCCUCCAACACCUGGCAGAUGCGUGCACCAAUGGAGGUGCCCCGCUGCUGCCACUCCAGUGCCACCCUGCCCUCAGGAGACAUCCUAGUGACCGGUGGGUACAUCAACUGCGCCUACUCCCGCUCUGUGGCCUGCUACAACGUGGAUACUGACACCUGGAGUGAGAAGGCCCCCAUGGAGACACCCCGUGGCUGGCACUGCUCUGCCACCCUUGGAGGAAAGGUGUAUGUAGUGGGAGGAAGCCAGCUGGGGCCCAGCGGCGAGCGGGUAGAUGUGCUCUCUGUUGAGGUCUUCUCCCCGGAGAGCAGUACAUGGAGCCGUGCUGCCCCUCUCCUCCUGGGUGUGAGCACCGCUGGCCUGUCCCCACUGGCCGACAAGCUGUACCUGCUGGGAGGCUGGAACGAGGCGGAGAAGCGCUACAAGGCAGCCGUCCAGAAGUAUGACCCGUCCACAGACAGCUGGUCGAUGGCAGAGGAUCUACCCGAGCCUACAGUCGGAGUGUCCUGCUGCACCCUAACCCUGCCGCCCCGCCACGCACCACGCCGGCAGCAGCACCGCAACACCCCGGCCCACGAUGAGCAGCAGCAAGCCGUGACGAACCGAAGCAGAGAGAGCAGCGUGGCUCCUUCACAACCCAUCACAGCAUAGAGAGACAGGACGCAGUGGAGACUCUAGAAGAGAUGAAGUUUAACCUCUGGAGAGCAUCUGGAUCAUGUCUGCUCUUUAGUCUGUUACCUACUUAAAACUGAAAUUUAAAGGAGCAGUGUGUAAGAUUCAGGGGGAUUUAGUGCCAUCUAAUGGUGAGAACUGCAGAUUGUAGCCAGCUGAAACCUUUUCUGGUUAAAAUUCCUUCAGAUGUCUGUUUCCUCUCCAAAACAAACAGACCCGGUGAUGUAAACUGAAUAAAAUCAGUGUCUGUCAUAGACAGCCACAAGCCCAGCACCUGCUAAUGUGUGCUAAGUUAUAGAAAAAUGAUUUUUAUUUUCAGUCGGCCAUACACUAAAGAACACAUAUUACAUUAGAUUCAAUUUCUGCCAAUAUAUCCCCCUAAAUCCUACACACUGGACCUUUAAAUUUAUUUCAGUCUGUGAAUAAUUAUGUGUGUAUUGUUCCUCUUAACAUUAUUUAAAAUCUAAAAGCCUUGUUAAUGAUGAUGGAGAAUUUAAAUGGGCAAAAUAAGCCUUUCUUUCCUAUAGAUUUACACUAUUCAGACGGGACUUCGGUGAUCAGUGCUUCUGGAAAUGAUUUCAUGGUGAAUAUUUGGGCUUGACAUCUGUCCAUUAUUAUAAAGAUUUCAACAUAAAAAUUAAACCACAGACAUAAACGCUGCUGCAAGUCGUGCAAGAAAAGAAAAAGUUUGCAUGAUCCAAAGUGGCCUCAGGAGGUUUUACACUGAUGGAAACAGAGAAGAAAAAGGUGGCUAAAGGAUAAAUUGUAGUGUAGAGCAGGUAGAGGUAGAGAGGUGAUGGAUGGAGAGGGAAGAUGAAUGAUGCGAUAACGGGAGCAGUGGCUGUCUGCAGUUUGAGCGGGUUGAACAAACGUCACUGUGAAUCCACUGGCAGUUUGUGUACAAAGAUGUAACUAAGCAGUGUGUGUGAUGUGCAACUGUGAAAAUAAAGUGUGAAUGUGUGUGUGAUUGACAGGAGCGCGUGGCCGCCAUGGCAGAAUGAGCCAAUGCUGACACAAAAACUGCAAUAAUCAAGUUUUCUCAUCAGAAAACUUCAAAUAUUUCUUCAUAAGGAUUGAAGCAGGCCAGCAAUAAACAAACCUGUUUGUUUUAUUUAUUUAAUGGAUAUGUCAGAAGUAGUUUAGCUAAUAAUAAAAUGGUAUAAGAAUUUAUAGACGUAAUACUUAAAUAUAAAUAUUUUCUAAGUGCAAUGGAGAGGAAGGAUUACGAGGUGAACACAGGAGCAAAUCGGUGUGAACUCAACAACACAGGUGAGACUUAAGAGGCAAUAAAUGUAUAAUAACAUGAAAAAAUGUACAAACAUCCUGGGUUCAUAAAACCAGUGAGAUUAAGAAGAAAAUAUUAAUAAAUUAUUUAAAAUAUAAAAAGAAAAAUGUAGAAAAAUCUGAAAAAUAUAGAUAGAAAUCUAAAAAAAAAUAGAUAAAAAUCUGAAAAAUAAAGAUAAAAAUAUAACAAAGCAAAAAAAAUCCAACAAAUAGACCUCACCUGUGUUUGUGAAUCAAACAUUUGCUGUCCUUUAAUUAUGACAUAAUUUUUACUGAAACUAAGACAAACUACCAACUGAAGAACCAGUGAGACUCCAGCAGAUGAAAAAAACAAACUGAGCUGCAGCUGCAUAUUGACAGUUAUUGAUAAAUAUUGUUUAUCGUGAGAUACAAUGAGGUUAAUCUGGCUCAUUUGAUUGGAUGAAUCCCUCUGUAUUUGUCAUGUUUUUAGUGCUAAUGAGCUCUGUGCUGGUGGUUUCACUGAAUAAAGCCAAUGUGAUCAAAACA